GUUUUUACGGAGGGCACUUCUGGGGUGUAUUACGUCACAUGCGUGUUUGUAAAAGAAACCGCGCGCUGGACAGUAGCCAAGAAUCCAUAGGGCUAAUGUGACUGUUGUGGUAUUAGCGGUUGGCUAACUUGAAUGUUUGUAUUGUUUGUGUUGUCCUUUCUCUAUCAUUUAUAUCUUAUUUUGCAUCCCUGUAUGCAUUUGCUGAAACAUCCUAUGGUGCAUCUCAUGCAAAAUGAAUGACAGUUCGCUACACCACCACUGGGGAGCAAUGGAGGCCUUGCAGGCCUUGGAUGAACUGAAUGGCAUUGAUGAGGACGAGCUGGCCAAUGAGGAAGCGAGAGAGGAGGCUCUGUGGGACCUGCACCAUGCCGCCGCCAUGUCGGGGUCCCACCUGAACGAUGACGAUCCUGACGGAGCCCUACUGCCCUCCUCCGAAUCCGAGCCACUGCAGCGGCCGCGCUUCUCUGGCGAGUACACCUGCGACGUGUGCGGCGAGACCUUUUUCUCCAUCGUGCAGCUGGCCAAGCACCGGCAGUUCCACGACCGCGACCGCCCUUACGAGUGCACCGUCUGCGGCAAGCGCUUCCUGAGCCGCAGCCACCACCACGAGCACCAGCGCGUUCACACGGGCGAGCGGCCCUUCCCCUGCGAGCGCUGCGACCGCUCCUUCACCACGCACCACAACCUCAAGCGCCACAUGACCAUCCACGAGAAGGAGGAGAUGUACCGAUGCCAGGAGUGCGGCGUGCUCUUCUGCCAGGAACACGAGUACAACCUGGAGAAGCUGCGGCUGCCCGCCGCCUUGCCCCCCGUCGCCUCCAAUGCUUCGCCGCCGCCGCCGCCACCACCCAUCAUGCCCACCCCGAUGCCCAUGCCCGUCAUGCUCGAGCCGCAUGAGUUCGAGCACACAAUCGACGAGGACGAAGCGCCCUCUGCCAGCCACGUGAUGACAAGGAUUGAGCAGAUACUAACUGAGAAGAAGAAAAAGAGGAAGAUGAAAAAGAAGCAGUCCUUGAUCGAUGUCAGCAGAAACAUUAACGAGCACUCGCUCUAUGGCGUUCCGGAAAAGAGACAUAAGUCUGACGCGUACUACGACCAGCCGGCCCUCUCCAAGAGGAAAGACAAAAGGCUGCAGGCCAUGCAGAGAGUUGCGUAUGAUAUUGAGGUGGUGUUGUAAUGCAGCCGCAGUUUAAAUCCUAGGUGCAUUUGAGCUGCAGGGAAGAUUAAAUCCAACACCAAAAAGUUGCGCUUUGUAUUGUUUUGGUUGGUGGCAGAGUCAGGCAUGCAAGAAAAUGUUUUUAUGAAGGCGACGAUUAGGUCUCCCAUUCUUGAUGAUAUGAUUGACUAAUCAUGCCUUUUCUUUUCUGUCUUGUUUUGCUAUUUCCAAUGCUUCUGGACUGUACAAGAUAUAACUGAAUAUCACUUUGAAUUGCUGCUGGCUAAUCAGGAAUUGUAGGUAUAGGUUAGCAAUGUAUUUGGGCAUAUUGCACUUGAGUGGCUUUCCAUUUGAAUUUAAAUUCCCAGAUGAAACCUUGAGUAAGUCAGGCCUACUGUUUGUGCUGCAUAUAUACACUAUAUCAUUCCAGGCCAGUGGUUUGUAGUGUUUUUUGUUGGGGGUUUUUUUCCUUCGUAUAGCCUUUUGUAAAGGCUGUCUGUACUCCAUUUAUGUCCAUUACUAAUGUAUGUCCAUUCCAAAGCUAACAAAAAUCUGUGUUGAUUUCCUUUGAAUUGGGCUCUGUGUUAUCAAUUUCUCUACUGAUUUGUGAUGGAACAUGGGCUUUCCUAGAGAACUACCUCAAAAAGAGUGCCUCAAGCUAUUUACCGGUCUUCGAAUGACAUGGUGUGAUUUUGUUUGUUCUGAAAUCAGCGCGUUUCCUUCUUUUGUCUGAGUCAAAGACACUACUUCACUUUUCUGUAACUUACUCAUGAUUCUUCAAUAUUAAUCAAAAUGUAAGACCAUUGCCAUUAUUGUUUGUGAAUGUCAUUUGUUGUUUGAAUGUUAUGCAUGGCACAAUUGUUUGGUCAUAGCCCAUGCAUCUGCUAUGUGUAGACAUCAUCUACUAAUAAAAUGAAUUGCAAAAUG